AUGGCCAGGAAGGCACCGGCCAACGAUUUGGAGAUUGGUGGAUCAAGCAUGAGCGGCCGAGCCAAGAACCCCGGCAUCCAAACUAUCAGCCCCAAAGAGCCAAACAGCCGAGACAAGACAGGAUACAACAUCGAAGCUCGCGCUGCUGCGGAUGCCUUGGGCAACAUGCAGGAGGCUUCGCCGCAGGAGCUACAGGACAUCCAAGAUCUGAUGAGGCUGAAGGACACGGACCCUGACCAGUUCGCGGAGUACGUGCAAAUGGCCGCGGAUGCUGCCAAGCUAGCCGAAGAGCGACCAGACGUCUUCGAGCAGCUCAUGCGAGGCGACGGAGCAGCAGGGGACGAGGAUUUGACCGCCGCCCAGGCGGAGAAAAGGCGGGCCAUGGAUGCAGCGUCUGAGCUAACCGGCGCCAACAAGAGAAAAGGCGACAGCAAGGACGGUGUGGACAUGGACAUCAAUCUUCCCGGCGGGGCCAAGCUUGGCGCUGGGGGAGUGAAGGACAAAACGAACGGCAUCGUGAUUUCACCACGGCCUGGUUUCGUUAUCAAGACGAAGUUGGUUGACAAGGGCAUGAAGGUGUUCGUCAACGUUUGCCAGCACGAGCGCAUCGGCGAGUCGAGCAUGGUCAAGAAACUAGACAAGGAAGGCCAAGAGGUGGAGGGCUUGAACAUCCCGAUGAGUGUAGGACCUCCCUCCGUAGACAAGGACAACGCCGGGCUAGAGUGCAUCGUGUAUGACGUCAUCAUCAACCCAAAGACUAUCGAAGAGUGUGGCGCGGACAAAACCGGUGGUCAGCGGGAUUGGGUGUGCCACUUGGCGAUGCAGUCCGUCAUGUCCAAGCACGACUGCCGGCUAGACCCCAAAUACAAGCUGCCGAAGUUAACCUUCAAAGGCAACAAAGAAGAGGGCCCGGCGAAGCAGAGGAUCAGAGACGACUCUGCCAGGCCACAGAUAAGGGAGCUCCGUGCAGGCGGCGGCAAGGACCAGGCUAAGGGGGGGUCUACUGCCGGCGACGGUAAGGGCGGGAUGCGACCGGCAGCUGGAGGGUCAGCGAAGAAACGAGCCUCGACCAUCCCGGUGACAGCGCUCAAGUCGACCGUGACGGCCGUUUGGUCUCGUGGUGGUGGAGAGAGUACGGAAGAGCGCGAGUCCGAAGUCAGCGCUACAUCUCUGGAAGACACGGUGCGAAUACCUCCGGAGCAUUGGCCGGACUCGCUGGUCGUGACUGCCGCUGGGCUGAGAACGGACGCCCUCGCCCCUGAUGCUCUCGACAAGAUCGGAGUCGAAGCAUCGGCGUACGAGGUCACGUUGAAGGCACCGGGCCAUCUUCCCUUGCAGGUCCGACUGCCCUACGCCGCACUCCCAGCCACGGCAUCCGCCAAAACAAACAGCCACGAGGGCACCCUAGCCGUCAGCAUCGAUGUCGACAAUUCAGACCUCACGAAACAAGCGGACGUCGGGUCCAAGCCGUGGCUACUCUCGAGCGCGCUUGAGGGCGGUGGCGAGCGAAAGACAGGGCGGGCGUCAGGGGGAGGAAGCGCAACGGCGUCUAGCUCUGCAGGAGGCGUGAAGGGCUCGGAAGGCGGCGAUGAUGCUCUGCCGGAGGAUCGCUUCCAUCUCAGGCUGCCGGCGGGGGUAAACCAGUACACUGGAGCCGCGGAGGGAGACGAUGCGGACAGCAACCACGACCUCCUACCCGGGGGAGUAGAUCGAAACCAAGAAAAAGAAGAAGAGCCGAUUGGCGAGGGAGAAAGCCUGCCCGAGGAGCGGUUCCACAGAGCUGACAUCGUCUCGCAGCACAUGAUCGACACUCGCGAACAACAACGGAAAGAGAAAAUUGACCGUGCGGAAAAGGAGCGAGAGGCCAGGAAGAAGCAGCCUCAAGACGACGGAGUAGAAUACGUAGACUUCGACGACUAUCGCGCGGGGGGCAAGUUGGGCCCGCCGGCGGUGCCCCCGCAACCACCAACCGGCGCCGAAGACGUCCAAGACGCUGCUGAAGAACAAGACCCGGAACUCUCGCGAGACUUGGCGGCUGCCGCGCGAGUAUUGAGCGAAGCAGUUAAGGAGAAGGAAAAGGGUGGUGAUGAUGGUGCGCCCGUGGGGAGUCGACUGUCGUCGACAUUCUGGGCGGAGUUACUGGACUGA